AUGGGUGUGGGGUAUUUAUCAAUAUCAGCAGUCUGUACAGUGUUGAGCUUUAUAGGCCUCCAAUAUUGGACAGAAGUUUCUUAUGUGAAACUAAAGUCAGAUGGUUUAAUGGGUGAAAACCUUCUCCACCCUGGUGUUGCCAACCGUGUAUUGGAACUGUUGUUGAGUUCUUAUACCACAAUUGCAUUGGUGGUCAACUUUUUCCUCAACAUUUUUAUACUCAUCAUCCUCUCUCUUAAGGAAGUCGAACAACUUGCAAGACAGUUUCUUUACAACCCAUACAAAGUGGUGAUUGGUUCACAAGACUUAAAAGCUAACCAUUCGAUUCAGCAACAUGUGGAUAUUGUUAGUGAGAAUCAAAAGUACAACAAAUUGGUGAAACUGUUGGAUGACAUCAUGGAUGGGAGUAGAAUUCUAAUUUUUAUGGACACGAAAAAAGGGUGUGACCAAAUCACCCGCCAGCUCAGAAUGGACGGGUGGCCCGCAUUAUCAAUCCAUGGAGAUAAAAGUCAAGCAGAAAGAGAUUGGGUUUUAUCCGAAUUCAAAGAUGGUAAAAGUCCAAUAAUGACAACUACAGAUGUGAAGGAUGUGAAAUAUGUGAUAAAUUAUGAUUUCCUGUGUUCCUUGGAAGAUUAUGUUCAUAGGAUUGGGAGAACAGGAAGAGUCGGGGCUAAAGGGACAGCAUACACUUUCUUUACAGCAGCAAGUGCUCGGUUUGCUAAGGAACUUAUUACCAUACUUCAGGAGGCCGGUCGGAAUGUCAACCCUGAUUUAGCGGCAAUGGGGCGUGGUGCACCUCCUCCACCCUCAGGUUCGUUUCUCCGGGCCAUGGGGGUUUUCGUGACGGAUGAGAAGGGUGUGAAGGAUGUAUUGCAGGAUAAGUUGGAUAAGGAACUAAAGUUUACAGCUUAUUCCAUGUGGCGGUGGACAAUACUGAGACAACUUGUAAUGUUGAUGAUAGCCAAAGCUGAACCCCAACACAGUACUUUGAUGGAACUUGUUCGAGUUCUUGCUCUAUCAUUUUCAGAUGAUGGAAAACGUGUUAAGGUUUCUGUUCAAGGAUCCAUGGGAGAAGGAGAACUUGCAGGAAUGCCAUUACAGCUUGCAGGAACAAGAAAGAUUUUGGAGUACAUGGACUGGGGUAAUGAUGGAGCCAUGGGGACCUUCAUAAACAUUGGUGCUAUAGGUUCUGACAGCUCUAGCAACCUCCUUCCAUGCCCUGAAGCCUCUCAAAGUUCCUGCAUCAGAUUUUCCGAAAGUGUUUGCACGAUGUUCCCUUCAGAAACGUCUUUCCCCGACCCUAAUGAUGCCCCUUUUCCUUUAUCUCUUCCAGCAGGUCACCGAUGGGAUACUUCCGGUGGAUGA